AUGGACAAACUCACGUCCCACCUCCCCGCCAGCAUCGGGCACAGCGCAGGCUUCAGCGCGGCAUCCACGGCCCUCGAGCACAUCACGACCCUAGCCGCGCACCACAGCAAAGCGCCCGAAGAGACACUGCACCAGCCCGCGACGCACGCGCGCAGCCACGAAUGGCUGGCCGCCCUCUUCCCCUCGGCCGCGCACCUCGAGCAGCUCGAGGCCGACCACCACCUCGGCAACUACGUCAUCGACCGCCGCACUGGCGCAAAGUCCUUCGAGGCUAUGAGCAUCUACGUCCGCGUCGGCAUGCACUUGCUGUACUAUGGCAGCGCGCAGGAAAAGGCCCUGCAUUGGGCCCGCACCGUAAAGCUGCUUGAGCAGCAGAGCCGUAAGAUGGGCGAGCUGUAUGAUGCCCCGGAGAGUAGGGACCAUAUCCAGCCGUUUGUGGACAGUUUUGUGGAGGUUAAGAAUGGGCUUGCUGAGCUGAAGCAACCCGACCUCACCGCCUACCCCAACUUCAACGCCUUCUUCGCGCGGGAGCUCAAGCCCACCGCGCGGCCCAUCGACGAGCCCUCAGACCAACUCACCGUCUCCAGCCCGGCCGACUGCCGGCUCACCGCGUACCCGACCGUCGACCUCGCGACGCAAUACUGGAUCAAAGGCACGGGCUUCACGAUCUCACGGCUGCUCGGGUCCGACGAGCUGGCCGCGCAAUUCGCGGGCGGCAGCCUCGUCAUCGCCCGCCUCGCCCCGCAGGACUACCACCGCUGGCACGCCCCCGUCUCGGGCACCGUCGAGAGCGUCGCCGACAUCCCCGGCGCGUACUACACCGUCAACCCGCAGGCCAUCAACCAGGAGGGCACCCUCGACGUCUUCUGCGAGAACCGCCGCUCCGUCAUGACGCUCCGACGGGGCGCGAGCAACGCGCGGGUGGCUGUCGUCGCCGUCGGUGCCAUGCUCGUCGGCAGCAUCAAGUACGAGGAGGGCGCGGCGGUCGGGCGCGAGGUGCGCCGCGGCCAGUGCCUCGGCGCGUUCUACUACGGCGGCAGCACCGUCAUUGUCGUUUUCCCCAAGGGCGAGGUCGUGCUCGAUGAGGAUCUGGUCAGGAACUCGACCGAGCUGUCUUGUGAGACGCUCAUGCGUGUGGGCUGGCGCGUGGGGGCGGGCCCGGCCUGA